CGCGUUUCCCUCAGGCUCCGGACUCCAUGGCUGAGGCGGUGGCGGCGGCGGCGGCGGCGGCGGCGCCGUGAGGAAGGAGUCCGCGUCCGCGGUGGCUGAGGCGGCGGCCGGCUCCAGGCCGGGUUUUGGCGCCCGCCCGCCUGCUGCCUCCUGGCGGCUCCUGAACUCCAGCCCCCUCUCUAUCAGCCUCUCACUCCGUCUCAAUAUGUCUCAAGAUGGCGGCCAAUGUGGGAUCGAUGUUUCAAUAUUGGAAGCGCUUUGAUUUACAGCAGCUGCAGAGAGAACUUGAUGCCACCGCAACAGUAUUGGCAAACAGGCAAGAUGAGAGUGAACAGUCCAGAAAGCGGCUCAUUGAGCAGAGCCGAGAAUUCAAGAAGAACACUCCAGAGGAUUUGCGCAAGCAGGUAGCACCACUGCUCAAGAGCUUCCAAGGGGAGAUUGAUGCACUGAGUAAAAGAAGCAAAGAAGCAGAGGCAGCCUUCCUGACUGUGUACAAGAGACUAAUUGAUGUUCCAGAUCCCGUACCAGCCCUGGACGUCGGGCAACAGCUGGAAAUAAAAGUGCAGCGUCUACACGACAUUGAAACAGAGAACCAGAAACUUAGGGAAACACUAGAAGAGUACAACAAGGAGUUCGCUGAAGUGAAAAAUCAAGAGGUUACGAUAAAAGCACUUAAGGAGAAAAUCCGAGAAUAUGAACAGACCCUGAAGAGUCAGGCCGAGACCAUCGCUCUGGAGAAGGAGCAGAAGCUACAAAAUGAUUUUGCAGAAAAGGAGAGAAAGCUGCAAGAGACACAGAUGUCUACCACCUCAAAGCUGGAGGAAGCUGAGCACAAACUCCAGACUCUGCAAACAGCCUUGGAAAAAACUCGAACAGAAUUAUUUGACCUGAAAACCAAAUAUGAUGAAGAAACUACUGCAAAGGCUGAUGAGAUCGAGAUGAUCAUGACUGACCUUGAACGAGCCAACCAGAGGGCAGAGGUGGCACAGAGAGAGGCGGAAACUUUAAGGGAACAGCUCUCAUCAGCCAACCACUCUCUCCAACUGGCCUCACAGAUCCAGAAGGCUCCAGAUGUGGAGCAGGCCAUAGAGGUGCUGACCCGAUCCAGCCUAGAAGUAGAGUUGGCUGCCAAAGAGCGGGAGAUCGCCCAGCUGGUGGAAGAUGUGCAGCGACUCCAGGCCAGCCUCACCAAGCUGCGUGAGAAUUCCGCCAGCCAGAUCUCACAGCUGGAGCAGCAGCUGAACGCCAAGAAUAGCACACUCAAACAACUGGAAGAAAAACUCAAAGGCCAGGCUGACUAUGAAGAAGUAAAGAAAGAGCUGAACACCCUGAAGUCCAUGGAGUUUGCACCGUCGGAGGGAGCAGGGACACAGGACUCUACCAAGCCCCUGGAGGUUUUGCUCCUGGAGAAGAACCGCUCACUGCAGUCUGAGAAUGCCACGCUGCGCAUCUCCAACAGUGACCUGAGCGGGUCAGCCAGGAGAAAAGGGAGAGACCAGCCUGAGAGUCGGCGCCCGGGACCCUUGCCGGCCUCCCCUCCUCCUCAGUUGCCCCGCAACACGGGGGAACAGGUUUCCAAUACUAACGGUACACACCACUUCUCACCAGCGGGGUUAAGUCAAGACUUUUUCAGCUCAAACCUGGCCAGCCCCAGCCUACCCCUGGCUUCUACAGGAAAGUUUGCACUAAACUCUCUUCUCCAGCGACAGCUAAUGCAGUCCUUCUACUCCAAGGCCAUGCAGGAAGCCGGAAGCACAAGCACGAUUUUUUCAACAGGUCCUUACAGCACAAACUCCAUAUCUUCCCAAAGUCCAUUACAACAAAGCCCAGAUGUAAAUGGCAUGGCCCCAUCUCCCAGCCAGUCAGAAAGUGCUGGGAGCAUCUCAGAGGGUGAGGAAAUUGAUACAGCAGAAAUCGCCCGGCAGGUCAAAGAACAACUGAUCAAGCACAACAUUGGACAGCGCAUUUUUGGACAUUACGUCUUGGGACUGUCUCAAGGGUCUGUGAGUGAGAUUCUGGCCCGGCCGAAGCCCUGGAAUAAGCUGACUGUCCGUGGCAAGGAGCCAUUCCACAAAAUGAAGCAGUUCUUGUCUGAUGAGCAGAACAUCCUGGCACUUCGUAGCAUCCAAGGCAGACAGAGAGAGAAUCCAGGCCAGAGCCUGAACAGACUCUUUCAGGAAGUACCGAAACGAAGAAAUGGGUCUGAAGGUAACAUCACUACCCGGAUCCGAGCAUCUGAGACUGGUUCUGAUGAAGCCAUCAAGUCCAUCCUGGAACAAGCCAAGAGGGAACUCCAAGUGCAGAAAACCGCUGAGCCAGUCCAGACAUCCUCCACAUCUAGCAGUGGGAACUCUGACGACGCCAUCCGCUCCAUUCUACAGCAGGCCCGCCGGGAAAUGGAGGCCCAGCAGGCUGCCCUUGACCCUGCCUUAAAGCCAGCACCACUGUCCCAGCCCGACCUCGCCAUCCUCACCCCCAAGCUCCUGUCUGCCUCACCCAUGUCUGCUGUGCCCACUUACCCCCCUCUUGCCAUCUCCCUUAAGAAAACCCCUGCAGCACCUGAGGCCAGUACUUCAGCCUUGCCCAGUGCCCCAGGCCUCAAAAAAGAGGGUCAGGAUGCUCCCACACUGGACCCGCCAGGAUCAACCGACGCUGCGCAGGGAGUGCUGAGGCCGGUGAAGAGCGAGCUGCUCCGCGGCAGCGCCUGGAAGGAUCCCUGGUGGAGCCCUGUACAGCCUGAAAGAAGAAAUCUCACUGCUUCCGAAGAGACCAAGGGCGAGGAAACAACCGCAAGUGGGAAAGAAAAGGCAGGCAGCAGCCAGCCGCGGGCAGAGCGCAGCCAGCUUCAGGGACCCUCAGCAUCAGCAGAGUACUGGAAAGAGUGGCCCAACGCUGAGUCCCCAUACUCCCAGAGCUCAGAGCUGAGCCUCACUGGAGCCAGCCGCAGUGAGACACCCCAAAAUAGCCCUCUGCCCUCCUCCCCACUUGUGCCCAUGGCGAAGCCGGCCAAGCCUUCAGUGCCCCCGCUGACUCCUGAGCAGUACGAGGUCUACAUGUAUCAGGAAGUGGACACCAUCGAACUCACUCGGCAGGUCAAGGAGAAGCUGGCCAAGAACGGCAUUUGCCAGAGGAUCUUCGGGGAGAAGGUAUUGGGCCUGUCCCAGGGCAGUGUCAGUGACAUGCUCUCAAGGCCAAAACCAUGGAGCAAACUGACCCAAAAAGGCCGGGAACCCUUCAUCCGGAUGCAGCUUUGGCUGAAUGGAGAGCUAGGCCAAGGUGUUCUGCCUGUGCAAGGGCAACAACAAGGGCCAGUCCUCCACUCAGUGACGACUCUGCAGGACUCCCUCCAGCAGGGCUGUGUGAGCUCAGAAAGCACUCCAAAGACCUCUGCCAGCUGCAGCCCUGCCCCCGAGUCCCCAAUGAGUUCCAGCGAAUCCGUGAAGAGUCUCACCGAGCUGGUCCAGCAGCCCUGUCCCACCAUUGAGACCAGUAAAGAAGGCAAACCACCAGAACCCAGCGACCCACCCGCCUCAGACUCCCAACCCACAACACCGCUGCCUCUCCCUGGACACUCAGCCCUCAGCAUCCAAGAAUUAGUAGCCAUGUCUCCUGAGCUGGACACCUACGGCAUAACCAAGAGGGUCAAAGAGGUGCUGACAGACAACAACCUCGGUCAGCGCUUAUUUGGGGAGACUAUUCUGGGGCUCACCCAGGGUUCUGUCUCUGACCUCCUUGCCCGCCCGAAGCCCUGGCAUAAGCUUAGUCUGAAAGGACGGGAGCCCUUUGUCCGAAUGCAGCUUUGGCUGAACGACCCCAACAAUGUGGAGAAGCUGAUGGAUAUGAAGCGGAUGGAGAAGAAAGCCUACAUGAAGAGGCGGCACAGCUCUGUCAGUGACAGUCAGCCUUGUGAGCCCCCCUCUGUGGGUAUCGACUACAGCCAGGGCGCCAGCCCCCAGCCACAACACCAGCUGAAGAAACCUCGAGUGGUGCUGGCUCCAGAGGAGAAGGAAGCGCUAAAGCGAGCCUAUCAGCAGAAGCCAUACCCGUCACCAAAAACCAUCGAGGAGCUGGCCACACAACUCAACCUGAAGACCAGCACCGUCAUCAACUGGUUCCAUAAUUACAGGUCUCGGAUCCGCAGAGAACUGUUCAUUGAGGAGAUCCAAGCUGGAAGCCAGGGCCAGGCCGCGGCCAGCGACUCACCUUCAGCUCGAAGUAGCCGCGCUGCACCCAGCUCGGAAGGCGACAGCUGUGAUGGCGUGGAAGCCGCCGACGCCGAGGAGCCAGGUGGCAACACAGCGACCACCAAGUCUCAGGGAGGGCCGGCAGAGGUGGCCGCAGCCCCGGCAGACCGGGAAGAAGCGACGCAGCCGGCCGAGAAGGCGAAGGCACAGCCACCAUCCUCGGGGACCCCAGGACAGGACCACGGUGAAGAUGCAGGCCGACCGAGGCCACUUCCCGACGGCCUCCCCGAGGGCCCAGCGCCCGUGCCAAACCUCGCUGCCCCCGCAGCCGGAGAGGACGCCGCUACCUCAGCCACUGCGCCGCCGGCCACGGCCACCGAGGCCCCUGGGGCGGCCAGGGCGGGCCCCGCCACCGAGAGGAGUUCUGCGUUGCCAAGCACCAGCGCGCCUGCCAGCGCGCCUGCGCGAAGGCCGAGCUCCCUGCAGAGCCUCUUCGGGCUGCCUGAGGCCGCGGGCGCCCGGGACAACCCGGUGCGGAAGAAGAAGGCUGCGAACUUGAACAGCAUCAUCCACCGCCUGGAGAAGGCUGCCAGCCGGGAGGAGCCCAUUGAAUGGGAGUUCUGAGGGCGCCGGGCCUGUGGGCCUGAGCAGCAGGGCCUCGCGGUUCUAGCCAGGCCUCCUUGCGCCUCGCAGGUCCCGGGCGGGCCGAGUCAGCGCCGGCUGGUAGUGGGCUGGGCAGGCGGGGGGCGUGGAGGGCUGUGCUGACCCGACCGACCCACGGGGCCUGGACGUGAUGCGCACUUACCGCCCUGCGGGCCACAGGGCAAAAUCGCCAUAGGCCAAGGUGCAUAUAGAAAACAAAGGAGCAUUAAGCCCAAUCUAUGUCGUGUUUUCAAGGAAGAAAACGGAAAUGUGUAGUCAAGCUUUUUUGUACCCUGAAGUGUUUUUUUUUUUUUUUUUAUUGCCCUAAGUGAUUUCCACAGGUUCUGGAAUAACUCUUUACAGCUUUUGCCUUGCGCCCUCCUCUUUCGUGUGGGCUUUAAAAAAAAAAAAUCAAACCCACAUAUUAAAAGGGGGCUUUUUAUCUGCCAUCUAAUGGCUUCAGAGCGAUAAUACACUAUUAUCUUCUUAAACCAGGAAGGGGGGGGAUUUUUUCAGAAAAAUUAAAAAAAAGAAAGUUUUUGUAGCUGUUCAGUUGCCACUAAGAGAUUGCACAGUCAAACCGACUCUAAACACACUAGUUUGGAUUCCUAAAUAUUUUCAAGAAAAGAAUCUUCUCGUUUGAAACUUUGAAUUAAAAUAAAACACAUUUACUCCACAUAUUUUUUAACAAAAAAAGAAAAAAAAGAAAAGUCACAUCAGGAAAAAUAUCUGAUUUUGUGGUAGCUGACAUAGUGUUUUCUUGUACGUAACUAGAAUCCUGACAUGUAGUGCACAUUGAUCCAUAGCUUUAACUGACUCUGGACUUUUGCUGGCCAGAGUUUGUUUAAUACACUCCAUUCUAGGCCAAAUCAGGACAAAAAGAAAGAUCCGAAUCUAGGUAUUUUAUAAUCUGCUUUUUAACCUCUAACCGCAGAGCACGCUGAUCAGACCUCAUAUCUCGGAGGUUUAGGAGACAAGUUAGAACUGUAGCAUGUACCGGCUCAUUUUGUUUUAUUUAUGGUGUCUACGUCUGUGUUGGCACAUCUGCGCAUGUGCAAGCGUCGAAAGGAAGGAAAUGUAGGCCCACAAGGUCGCAGCAGUUAGUCCCUCACGUGCAGGCAACCGUCUGCUCAUCUUUCCUUGGCACAGAAGGCACCUCACCUCACGCCACUCUUCCAGGGCACCUGACAGACUGAGCCCCCCCAGGGGAAGAUGCUCCCUGGGCCUGGGCCUGGGCCUGGGCAGGGCUGGCGCAGCUGGGCGCACACUCUCUUCCUCUCUCUUCUCAUCCCCUUCCCACCACAAGCACUGAUAACCCUAUGUACUCGUGGGAAGUUUCCUUUCCUGCAGAAGAGAGAACGCUGCAGUCUGGGCUCUAUUCCCAUCCCUGUUGAGAUGGCCCAAAUUCACCAAAAUGGUGACACUCUUCAAUUCCAGACCAGACCAUUGGCCCUUCAUUCAUUUCUUCUCUCACAAUAUUUUUUUUUAUGCACAGUUUAGGGCAAUCUAAGUACAAAUCAAAAGUCUAACUUGUCUCUUGAUUCCUCCCGUUGUCUAUGUGUAUAUGCGUGAGUAUAGAGGUGGAUGAAAGUGUGUGUGCGUGUGCGUGUGCAAUUUUAUACGUCUGUGUAUUUUCUUAAGUACCUGUGCACACAUAGAGUGCAUUACUGCCACCUUUUUCAAUAAGCUGGUUUAUCAGUCAUGGCUUCUACAGGUUUUGCUAAUUUAGACUCCUUAUUGCCAUAUCUUUAAACUAACAAUAGAUGAUUUCGGUAUAUAUAUAUAUUUUUUUUUGCUUAUUUAUAGGUGCUGUAUUUUAUUAUCUGAUUGUUAGGAAGGGAUGAAAGGGGCAAAUAUUCUUUAGAGGGAUAGACUGCCGGCAGUAUUGGGUAUAAUUUACAAGAUGUAGCUGUCAUACUGUAUAUUACUGAUUGAAAACUUUUUGACCGUAUUGUGUAUCAUUGAAACUUUUGUCUUAGGUCAACAUCUUUGGAUGACAUUUUAAUGGUGCAUUCAUUAUUUCUUAAGUUUAAUUAAUUAAUAGUACUUUUUUUAUUUGGGAGGGUGGGAGGGAGUUCUAAUUUUAAAGGUAUCUCCCACUAUGACACCUCAGUGUGCUUGUUAUCCCUUAGCUUGUAGGCUUUGACUGUCAGACGUGAAACCACAUUUCUUGCAUGAUGUUUGGAGCUUGUGUAUUUUCAUUCACAGUCUUUCAACCUGCAGCUGCAAGCCCUUAGUUGGAGUUUUCACAAACUGUAAGAGUCACGACACUAAAGACAAUGCCUUUUCAUGAACGAGAAGUUUCCAAGAGGCUCUAGGAGGCUGGGAGGCAGGCCCCUGGCUCUGUCUUUGGAUGGUUGCAUCACUUCUGAGCUUGAGAUCCGGGUUCGGUGAGAAGAGAAUUCACAGUGGAGGGACAGAAGGAAAAAGCAAAGUCCCACCUGCCUCUGUGCAAGGACGUUGAGUGAGGAAGAGCUCAUUCACCCAGGGAGUCAUUAGGGACGUGGAGGAGCAGAGUCACUGGUGGGGUUAUGUACUCCCUCCACAGAAACCUCAAGGGAACCUGUCAUCGUGGGUGAUUCAUCUUAAAUGCCUAACUUUCACUAGAAUGAGAAGCAGAGUUAACAGGACCGAGGAGGGUAGUGUUAGUUUCAAAGGCAUGUAUGUCUGUUACUUAACCGCAGCGUUAAAUCUGAGGAAAUGGAAGUCGAGGUAUUUUUCCCAUCCUGGCAGCCACACGGUAGCAGUGUAAGACAGCCUUUGACUCUUCCAACAUAUUAGUCAUUUUUGUUUCUUUAAUUUUUGAACUAGGUUCUUGUCAAUUUCCAUUCUGUCUCUUGUGCCAGACCUCCAUCUGGGCGCUUGAUACAAUCACUUGCUUAGGAUUUUGCUUGAGUUCUGUAUUUGUAUUUUCUUAUUUAUUAUUAUAAUUAUUAUUAUUAUUAUUUUGAGUUCCCCAACUUAAUGGUGUUUGGGGUUAAGCUAGCACUGUCUGUAGUAUCUCUAAGAGCUGCCAGUAGAUAACACAGAGACCUGGGGGGUUAUACCUGCCUCACCAUGCCUUCCCUCCCUUCCCAGUGUGAGUCCACGGGUUCAUCUUUCAUCUUGAAAAGCAAUAUUCAAGUGCCUUGAACAGCGCCCCCUCAUGUGGUGACCUUCCGCUGGCUGGAGAUCCAAGCAGUAGCGCCCACAAACAACCAACCAUCCUCUUUAUAUUCUCAGCUUAAAAAGCUGAAUUGUACUUCUCCCCAAGGGGAAAAAAAUGGUUCCAUAUAAAACACUAACACUUCAUCACAAGCCACUGUUCCAUUUCAAAUGCCUUUUUCUUAAUUAGAGGCGCAGUGAUCCUAACUAGGUCUCAUGCCAUUACCCAGUUGGCUAAGUGGGAGCGGACCAUAAAAUUCAUGCUCACUUCAGGCCCUCUUGACACCUCCUGCUUCAUGCCAUCUGAAGUGGCAGGAAUAUGGGCUCGUAGACACCUGCCCACUCAUCUCCACUCUGACCUGGCUCCCAGUCACCACCUUGAAACAUUAGUCAGUUGAGAAGUCUGACCACUGUAUGCCAGACCUCUCUCUUAAAAAAAAAAUAAAAUUUAAAAAUGCAGGCACUUAGCUGAGUCGCUCUCUUCCCAGUUAGCCACCCUGAAAAAUAUCACACCUUAAAGUGGCUUAUGACUGUAUCCUGGCUUCGAAUCAGAGCAGACUCCUAGGGAUGUAGUAUUAGGUGUUGGGCCACACCACUCUGAAAAAUGAGGCAAGAGGGCAGCUGUCAGCCUUCGUGCACAGACGCUUCUGCUUGCAAAGCUCAGAUGUCCAUCUCCGUAGUAAGUGUCCCUCUAAUGGGCAUCUCUCUUCUCCUGGUUUAAAGUCAGAUCUGCUAGAUGGCCCAGAAUGUAGCAGGGCUGUGAGCUGAGUGUUCCUCUGGAGUCUUGUGCCAACAGAGUCCCUGCCUGUUGCCAUGCCAUAGACCUACAUAGCCCAUCUGUCUCUACAGCCAGGGCCAAGUUCAACCAUGGAGCUUAUAAGCCAGCUCUGCAGGAAGCAGCCAGUAUCCAGCGCAAAGGCAUCAGCAAAGCACCCCAAGGCGGUGUAACUGUGAAAGCCCCAGAGCUGGGGAGUCAGAGUGCUGGUGCUGGAGAUGCCCUCCCUGCCAGAGCAAGACUGGCUAUCCUUGUCUUUUCAGGGCUGUGUUCUCUUACACAGAGCUCCGUGGGCUCUAGGUGCCCCUGGAGUGUUUGGUUCCGGUCACUCGCCUCUGCUGUCAUGUGCUACCUGUGGACAUUCUACUCAGACUCCUGAGGCUGGGAACCAUCCCUGCAGAGGAGACGGGGUGGAGCAAAGGUCAAGAACACAGUGGAGUGAAGGCUCUAGGCUGUGUUCCUCCUGUCCUUCAAUGUCUCCCCUUUCUGUUCUCUUCUACCUCACCACUUGACGUCACUCAGAAUUGUGAGGCAAGUGGCCUGGGGGGGGGGGGGGGGCUUAAGAGGCUACAAGCCUGACAGAUCAUCUCAUCUUGCUUGGCGGGUGUGCUUUCUGCCUCCUUCAGUGAACACAUCCUGAAGUGGUGUCCGGAGUCUGCUAAGCACAGGGAUUUUCCUCUUGGCUUCCAGCUGUUCUUGAAAUUCCAGCAGCUGUUGGGUCUGUAGGCAGAGUGGUCUCCAGCCUCGGAAAUUCUUGUCUUUAACUCUGCCUUCCCGCACAGCUGUCAGACUCCAUCACAGCCAUUCCUAUAGGCCUGGGUUAUCCCCCAGACUAUCUGAGCACACGUCCCAGGAGCUGCAGCUGUCUCUCAUCCCUAGACUGCCGUGAGCUCUCCUUCACAAACACAGCUAUUGCCAGGACAGGAAGGUCAGCCAGCUCACUUCCCCGGGCAUGCUCGGUCUCCGCUUCCCAAAGAACACUCCAGUUUCUGUUCCCUGUGGGAGGAAGGCAGCUCCUGAGACAGCCGGUGGAUCUGGGCCAGGCUGCUCUGGUGGCCACAGUGGACCUGUCGGACACGGAGCGCUUUUACUCUGUUUUCCCAUGAUGACUGUCAAAUUCAUUAGGCACAGCUACCACUGUAGCUUCUCUGGAACUGAAUCAGGGGAAGGCUUUAUGGCCUCUUUGACCCAGGUGGCCUGAGACUCUUAAGUGGCUUGGUUCUAUCUCCCUGCGGUGCUACCACCAGUCUGACCAGUAGACUCACAUGCUAAGAGAAUGGGCUGAUGAGAAAUUUUCAUUCUGUCUAUGCUUUUUAGAUGGAAACCCCUAGGAAGUGAGUGUAGGAACAAGCUCCUUGUAAAGGAUACAACCCCAAGACCUCAGGCUCAGCCAGCGGAAGAAGACAGUUCAGGAACAGCAAAGGAGAAGCCAGGGUUCCCCUGGGUGCCGCAGGAGGCCCUGCUUCUUCACCGAACCCCCGCCCACCCCGUGCCCAUCCCUGCUCCUCUCCUGCCACCUUCCCUCCAAAGAGCCACAGCCACGUCUUCAGUGGCAUAUCGAGUUUUCAUUUUUGGACAAAGUGACAUUUAGCUUUAACGAGGCAUUUCCAAAGCUCCUGGUCUCCUAUGAAAUGCUGACUGUAAAAGUUCAGCAUUGUUGCCAAGAAUGGGGAGGGAGGGGGUUAAUGAAAGAAAGACGUUAGAUUAUGCGUGAAUGUGCACGCCCCAUCCCUCGGUUAUUCAAAUUUCAAAUGCCUUUGAGUUGCUUUUCAUAGAUGGGUUUAGUUUGUUCAUGUUAAGUAGUCUGUUACUGUAAUUUUUGUAGUCUUCUUCUGGCUUUAAUUUCUACCACAAAUAUGCUAUGUACUAAGCUUUCUGUGAUCAGAAAGGAAAGGUGCCUUAAAUCCCAAUACCACGCCUCUAUCCCUAUGGAAAAUAUAUCAGAAGCACAGUGCCAGGAAGCAUUGGGACUUCCGCUGGCAAAGUAGGACACCACUCAGCAAGACACAUCCAAGUGGCACGGGGCUGCUUUUGUUUGCUAAUUCCUUUUUUUUUUAUUCUCCUAACCCAUAAUUAUCUUUUAUUUGUUGUUUUAUUUUUUUGUAGUUUGCUUUAAACAGGAAGCACUUACUAGAUGGCUCUGUGUCGAAGCUCUGUGCAAUGGAAAUCGUGUUGCUUUGGUUUGGGGGGGGGUGGUUUUGUUUUGUUUGUUUGUUUUUUGAAAAAGAUAGCGUUAUUGCACACAAAUGAACUCCUAAGUAAGCUUUAGAACCAGGAUCGUUCAGGUCGUGGAUGAGUGUGUUCACUGUAGUUCUGUGUGUUCACGAACCGACGGGCAAGCCGGCCUCCCUUGGCCACCGAGGCUCAGCCCUGAGCCCUGGGUCAUGGCUUCCUGGGUUCCAGCAGUGGGGAGGGGGAACUCUUCCGAAUGUCUGACCCUACAGUCGACCCUUGAAGCACUUAACCCUCUCUUUGUGGAGAUAGACCAACUGCUACUGAUCUGUCAGCGUACUCGAGGGUGAUUAUAAAAGGAUGUUUCUUUAAGAAAGAAAAAAUAUUUCUAUCUAUCCUCUUCUAAUUUAUUAUUAGGUUAAUCAUUUAAGUACUUAUCAGGAGUGUGUUGUCAUUUUGUGUUGUUGUUGCGAAUGCUUUUGCUGUCACUCCAGUGGUUAACUGUCCCUUGCUCCCCACCUCUCUUCUCCCCAUCCCAGAGUCCAAAGAGGUCUGGGGACCAGCAGCGGGGGGCGUGAGGGACAGAAGGGAGUCCUCCAGCACAAUCAGACACUUGUCUCCCUAGUAGCCACUCAAAACCUGGCGGUCUCUACAUAUCUUAACUGUUCAAUCGAGAGAGUUGACGAACAAAGCUACCCAUGUCUGGCAGCACUAGGGGGAGGCCUGCUCCCAGAGGCGCUGCAGUGCAGUGAGAAAAACAAAAGCCAAGUUCAAGUUUCCCCAAAGCCUCCUAGAGCCUCAGUUAAAACUUCUGGGUUCAUGAAUGUUUGGCGAGCCUGGAUCAGGAGAGAGGCAGGCAGUCUGGCCAUAGCCGUCACCCUGAGCCGGAAGGUGGUUUCUCAGUGGUCCCCACAGGUGACCACGGCUUUGAUUUUCAUUGUCAGUUGUCUUUCCUUGCUUUCAAAGUUGGUCAAAAGCAUCUUUUGAGGCAACAGGUCUUUCCUAGCACUGGAGGUGGCUGGAGUGCCCACACCGGGGCAUGGGUGAGCGAACCCUUUACCCUCCCAUGUCAGGAGAAGUGGAGAAAGGACUCUCCAUGGCUGGAGAUACAGCCACAAGAAACCCCAUUGCCUGCUCAGCAGACGGUGGGUGGGGUAUGUGGGGCUGAACUCUACCUGGGAGCGGCAAACUUAAAAAAGAGGCUCACCCCAGGGACAGGCGAAGGGCAUGCUCACCCCUAGGCAGGGCCGGAUACCUGCCUUUACCCCAAACAGUCCACUGAGCCCAAAUCCAAAUUUCUUUGUGUCGUAUCUUUCCCACUAUUGGGGAGGAGAGGGGCAGAGGGUCCUUCUCAUCUCUUUGAGGAUAAAAGUCCUUCAAUAAAAUUGCCCCAAUCCCCCAAGGGUUUUUAUUUUUCCUAGUCUAUGCAUCUCUCUACUUCUCUCUAGUUCUCUCCUACCACCCCACCCCAAACACACACAAAAUAGACAUCUCAUGUCCUACCCUCUGAGACCACCCUGCCUCAGAAAAAUGCCGGACAUUUUGGAGACAUGAGAAUGCAUUUAAAAAAAAAAAAAAAGCCUUCAAGCAUUUUGAGAAUAGCUUGCCAUAAGCUGACAGUGGGGAGGAAUCAGCUCCAUGAUUCCCUAAGUCCCUUCCCAUAGGACAAGAGACCUAGCUCUUUGCGUUUGUGCAAUAACUACUUGCUAGGAGAGCGGGUAGCACCACCCUCCUCUAGACUACUAACACACAGCACAAGACACACGUCAGCCCUUCCUCAGCCCCUCCCCCAUCAUGUGUUACAUUUUAGCAGUAUUUACUUUUUUUUUUUCUGUCAGGCACUAAGUCUUAGGUGUUUAUAGAGCUUGUGUGUUAAUACAAUCACAGAUCUUUUUAUUUUAAUCCUCACCAAGACCCAGUUGACCAAAAAGAAGUGAGAGGAAGAAAAAAAAUUUGUAAAAGAUGUAAAAGAUGUCUCUCUCUCUCUCUCUCUUUUUUUUUUUUUUU